AUGUCGCAAUCAAAAUCUAAAUACCAGUUUUUGAUGAGAGAUAACUCACUUGUUUCUGAAGUCAAGCUGCCUAGAUCUAGUACUUUGCAUCAGGUAGAAGAUUCAACGAAGACCCACUUGGUUUUCUCACAGCGCAAUCUGAAAGCCCUACCUUAUAAAUUCGUCACAGAAAAUGCAACACUCAACCUUGAUGAUCCGUCAGAAAUUCCUAUUGUCGUGGAUCCUUCAGCCAACACCUGCCAGAGUCUUUCAAGUAAAUGGCAGGUGAGUAAUAUACACAGGACCAGUUGGUUUUUUCAUGACCUUGGAAAUGCACAGCCAGAUUACCAACCAGAUGUAAUCACUAGCUUCUUAUUAGAAGGUAGCCAAUCUGAAGUAUUUUUAGAGAAUGGAGAGGAUUUGAUACCAAACGACGACCUAGGAUAUGUAACUCAACUGGUUGAAAUAUUUGUGCAGAGAUCUCAAAUGCUUUCGAAGUGCUCCAAAAUGGGCUAG